GGAGACGCGAUCGAUGUGCCGCCCAUCGAGCACAUUCAGUGGAAGUCUCUCGAGGCAGUUGGACGUUAAAAUUGUGCCUUUCUUCUUCAGUCGCGUGGCUAAAAGUGCCUCGAAGUGGGGGAGGUCAAAAGGUGGAAGCUAUUUAAGGACACUAUAAAAAUUUACGUACUUUUAUGGAUAUCACCUUCACAAAAAUGAGUGAAGUGUUAGUGAAAUUUAUUCAUGGACUUCUCGGUCUAAUUGUGUUAAUAUCUGUUGAGUCUUAUGGAUACAAAUUGACAGAGUUUUCCAGUGUACCAACAACAGUGAAAACCGUGGAAAAUGACACUGUACUCCUGCCCUGUUCGCACAACGGCCCAUAUGGCUACAUUCGGUGGCUGCGGGAAGAGGUACUUCUUGCAGACUCGGGAAAUCCUACAUUUACGCCUCCAGAGAGAAUAACUCUGUACAUGAAUGGAAGCCUUCAGGUUGCAAAUGUGAAGCUUGAGGAUACUGGGGAGUACAUUUGCCAAAUUGCGGGUGAAUCUGGUCUGGCAAUCCAGAGACAUGCCAUCGAGGUUCAGUAUCCUCCAAGCGUGAUUUCGUACCCCAGUGGCGAGGUGGCAAUGAAAGUGGGUGCAAUUUUUGAGAUUGUCUGUGAAGCUCGAGGUGUGCCCUUUCCCAUUAUCACUUGGCGACGUCCAGGAGACAAUGCCAGUGAUUCUGAUCACGUGGAGAGUCGUCGGAGGCUUCUUGUGGAAGUCACGAGUAGAAAGGAUGCUGGUGCCAUUGAGUGUGUAGCGGACAAUGGAUUUGGGUCACCAGCAGUGGCGGGAAUCCACCUGACUGUUCAGUUUGUGCCGGAAGUGAAAGCCGAGGCGAACGUCGUUCACACCAAGAUCGGAUUUCGUGCCACUCUUGAGUGCACUGUUACGGCUGAGCCCAGUGCCGUGGUCCACUGGUUCCAUCACACUGCCCCCAUACUAUUCGACAACAGAAGAGCUCGUCAAGACACAGUCACUGCUUCACGGACUUCAGAGCAGCUCCACACGGUAUCUCGCCAUCUGCUAAUUGUGCACAAUGUCCAGGAUAUUGAUUUGGGCAUGUACGAAUGCAAAGCAGAGAAUAAAGUGGGAGUUAAAAGUGCCAUUAUUGAACUGACGGGCAGACCCAUGCCCUCAGUCUUUAAGCCCUCACCCAUCGCUUCCUCGCCCAUGACGCACAAUCUUAUCUGGCAGACUGAGUCUCUGUCUCCAGUGGCAGAGUACAAAUUGCGCUUCCGCCAGGUGCCAACUGGGAAUGUCACUCCAAAUUCUCGGCUUCCACCAUCUGAUUGGACAGAACUCACGAUUCCUGGAGAAUUCUCCAACGGACCGAUUCACACCACUGGCUAUGUUUUGCGCGGGCUUUCUCCAGCAAGUGUCUACGAGGUGGUUGUCUCAGGACGUAACAGAUACGGCUGGAGCGACAUCAGUAGGGUUGUGAGAUUCGCUACAGCCGGCGAAAUCGAGGAAGCCACGAUAGUGUCAACAGAAACCAUAGAAUACGACCAAAUUGAUGACAAUAUUAUUCCUGAUUCCAAUACUUCUGGAAAUUAUGAUUACGUCACUUCAAGGAGUGUGAGACAUAGAGAAAUCACACUGCAAUUGGGAAUUGCCUGUGCCUUAGUUUACUGGAAAAGUUUGUAUGAAGAGUGGUGAAGAAUUAAAUUGGCAGUGCUGGUGUGGAAAA